GCAUCGGAGGGAGCGCGUGCGGCGCGCGGUCCGAGGCCUCGCGCUGCGGGAAGGACAACGGCGGAGGAAACGGACAGAGUCUUACAUCUGCUUGGCUUUUUGUAGGGGGGCUUGGAAAAAAAGGAAACAAAAGAAACAAACCAAGGGCUGUCGCCCCCCGAUCGGUGCCCGGCCGGCGCCGCGACAAGGACCGUGGUGGAGGAGAAGCGAGGGCAGAUACCGCCGCGUCCCGUCCGCGCAGCCGAGCGACUCGGACACGACGUCCAACUUCCCUCGAGCGCGGGACUUCUCUCGACUCUUCGCCUUUGACAGAAUCACAGUAAUAAUGGUUACCAGGUGGCAUAACAUCUGGAGUAGGUAGAAUCCAGUACAGCCUACCUGUGGAUUUGCAGCUGAGAUGAAUGGGAGGGCAUGCAACCUUGUGGUUUCCCCAUCCACGGCUCCCCAGUCACUAAGUGUGAUGACCGGACAACAAGCACCCCCAAUUAAGGUGCAUGCUGGGAGCCCAUCCCGGCGCAUCCUCAACACUCCCACUGUUGGCAGUGCUGGAAGCAGUGCCUAUGCUACAAUGCCACCAGGAGGUGGGGGCUACUCCCCGAACUUUGGCUUGCUUCCUGCCGUCAGUCUCAGGAGACAGGCGCAGACUACUGGGAAGCAGCAAAGUGGGUUUGGCACCCCCCAGCUGCCGCAGCAACAUGCCCCCUCAAGUCUUCUCUCCUCCUCCAAUCAAGAGCUCCUGCCCAACUUCACAGAUGGACGUGUCAAAGGGACUUCUGUUCUUGGUCCACGCUUCAGGGUGACAGGACCACUUAGGGCUGCCAACCUAGUGGUGACCAGCAGCCCCAUGGUGGUCUCCCCGCUCUCUACUGUUGUAAGGACCUCAGAGCCUCACGUUGCACCCUGCCACCUUCACCCUGUCGGCCUGGCCCCACCUUGCACCGAUGCCAGGUCUCUGAUGUCCCGGGAAUCCCUGGCCUCCACAACGCUCAGCCUAGCCGAGAGCCAGUCCACUCUGAGCAGCAGACAGGAGUGGCCCUACGGCUAUCGGGUCCUGCCCCCCCUCCUCGCACACCAGCCUCCUAAUCAGGGCAGCGAUGAAUCUGAGCCAUCAAACCUGGCCCCCGGCACCACCGUGUCUGAACCGAGUGGUCUCUCCAGCGCCACCUCCCUGCCCUCCUACCUCUUCAAAGGGGACAGUUCACAGUUCCCGAGCCCUCGCCACUCUGCCCGCUCCAAGAAGAGGGCGCUCUCCAUGUCGCCCCUCUCAGAUGGCAUGGGCUUUGACUUCAACUCCAUCAUUCGCACUUCCCCCACCUCCCUAGUGGCCUACAUCAAUGGCUCCUUUGGCUCCCCCAGCUCCCACGCUACCCUCUCUCCACCACAGUCAGAAGUUUAUGGCCAUUUUCUUGGUGUGAGGGGCAGCUGUAUUCCCAUGGCAACCUCUGGGCAUAUUAGCCCCUGUGCCUCUGCCGCUCUAGGUCCCGAGCCAGCCCAAGUUACGCUUGGAGAGUACCGGCCCGAGAUGGAGUGCGCCCGUAUGCGGCAGCUGGAACAGAAAGGGGAGUUUCAGAGUGCUGCACUUCUGGCCAAUAUGAUGGUCCAGCACCAGUGUCAAACUCUGGAGGGGAGUGUGCUGCCAUCAGACCUAGUGAAUCAGCUGUCCAAGCUGUCGAACGAGAGCACUGUGCCCUCUCCUUGUCAGCUGGACCUUGCUGUUGUUCAUAAGGUUCCCACUCCUCCUCAGGGCCCUCCACCCCCAUACCACUCCCACCAGCACUUGCAGCGUUUGCCAGCGGACUUCCUGGGACAUCCUAGCGGGCACCUAAUUCAGCUGCCACCUUCUCCACGACAGCUGGUGCCCCUGCCCCAGUGUUCUGCGCUGGAGGAGGAUGAGGAUGAGCUGGAGGACAAGGGUGCAGGCCACUGCUGCCAGUGGGCAGACUGCAGUGCCAUGUAUGACCAGCAGGAGGAGUUGGUGAGGCACAUCGAGAAGCUGCAUGUGGACCAGCGGAAAGGCGAAGACUUCACCUGCUUCUGGGCAGGAUGCCCACGCCGCUUCAAACCCUUCAAUGCUCGAUACAAGCUACUCAUCCAUAUGAGGGUCCACUCUGGGGAGAAGCCCAACAGAUGCACGUUUGAGGGGUGUUCGAAGGCCUUCUCCCGGCUGGAGAACCUGAAGAUCCAUCUGCGCAGCCAUACAGGGGAAAAGCCCUACCUCUGCCAGCAUCCUGGCUGCCACAAGGCCUUCAGCAACUCUAGUGAUCGUGCCAAGCACCAGCGUACACACCUUGACACUAAGCCUUACGCAUGCCAGAUCCCUGGCUGUUCAAAACGAUACACAGACCCCAGCUCCUUGCGGAAGCAUGUGAAGGCACACUCCUGCAGAGACCAGCAGGCCAGGAAGAAGCUGCGCUCCAGUGCAGACUUGGACCAGGACACACUGACAGACUGCCUCACCAUCCAGCCCCUACAGCCCAACAUCCCUCCACUGGAAGCAAAUGAGAUUGUGCCAACCUCGUCCCCGGGGCCUGCCUGCGACCUGUACACAGGUUUGCUGUCCAGCAGUCAAUCCCCAGCUGUCCCAUCAAGCCAGGUGUGCCCAGCUACAGCUCCAGCUGGAGCGCCAGGUUCAGCUCCAGGCCCCAGCCUCGUCCAAUCAAGCUCCCAUCUGCCUUCCUUGCAGGACAGUCAGAGGUUUGGAGCUCUUUCUCCAUACCACCUCAGCCCUGGGCAGGAGAGACAGCCCCCGGCCUCACCCCAGAAGACCUGUGCACAACUGAGCCAGCCAGGCAUCCCUGCCACCACCGAUGCCCUCCAUCUGCAAGAUUUGUACAGGCAGAUUGAGACUGCAUGUCCGCCAGCAUAUAACAGCACAGCCAGGUCAGCAAACCCGGAUCCUUCCUGUCACAUGACGUCAGCAUCCAGCUUUGACAACUGUCUGGUUCCCUCAGUCACCACUCAGUAUGGACUUGACAUGUUCCACAAGGCUCUAUCGGGCCUCACAGUGUAUGACCUCCAGGGAGAACUUCAGAACUUUGUGGGGCACCAAGUCCAGGAUUUAACAGAGGACAGCGGGUUCCUGCAGAUCAAUACACUGGAGCGCUCAUCUAGCCAGAUGUCCUGUAUCUUCUCUGAAGGAUGAUACACUGCAAUGCUAUGGAAAGUGCUGGAAUGCGUCGGAAAGUGCUGGAAGCUGUUCGAACCGCAGUACAUGUGCCGGCUCCAAAUAAAGUUGAGGCGCUAGAUGGGUCUCUGAAGAGGCGGAACAUGAAGACCAGCCACACUCUUCUCUCCAGUCACCCUUCUACACUGUUACUAUACAUAUAUCUUUCAUCUGUUGAUACCAUUUACC